AUGUUCAAGUCCGUGGACCUGUCACUGAUCGUUGAGUUUAUGCUAAUGUUCUACAAGGACAAGCCAAUUGAUUGGCUGCUGGACCACAUCAUGUGGGUUAAGGUGUGCAACCCGGAGAAGGACGCGGUAAGUUCAACACCCCCCCUCCCCACCAUGGUAAACCUAGGCCCAGUUCGAAGUACACCUUUCCUUAUAUCUUGUGGUAAGCACUAUCCUGAUACAAGCUGUUCUUCAGACCCAGUCAUGUUAGAUCAGUGAUUACUUCAAGGGAGGGGGAAAAUGAUGUGUUACAGAGUAUCCAAGCAGGUAGUUACAUGUAAAUACUAUGACUUUCCAAAAUGGUCUCAGUCUCAGAAAAUGGUGCAACUCCCACACACUCAUACUCUCUUUCUUUCUCCCUCCUCCUCUUUCCCACCUCUCCCCUGCCUGUCACACACAGAAACACUGCGACAGGCAGAAGGCCAACCUGAGAAUUCGCUUCAAGCCCUCUCUCUUCCAGCAUGUGGGCACCCACUCUUCCCUGGCCGGAAAGAUCCAGAAACUCAAGGUAUGGAGGUGUGUGUGUAUAUACAUGGGGCUUACUAGCAUCCUCUCACUGUGCAUGUGUCAUCAUAUCUACUACAGUCUGUGUAUGUUCAAAUAUUAGCUUUCAAGUCUCUGAGUCCUGCAGUACUGGUAUACAUAUCAAGUCGCCAUACAGACUCCAGAUGGGAGCUAUAAAGACUGUGUUUAAUGUCUCUGAUUACUGUGUUAAGAGCAAUUGAUAUCAGCCUGAAGACUGCUACUGAAGUCUAACCCAAGGCAGGACAAUGUUACAAGUCAUCUCUCAUUGAUUUGUUGUGACAUUAUCCAGUGUUAGACAUAUACUAUUCUCUUUUAUCAUGAAAUUGCACAUUCUCCAUGUGGAAUUUCAUCAUUUUGGCCAACAAUAAAUAAUGUAGUUACUCUCAACCCCAAAGCCACUUGGAGGAGAGAUGAGAGAAUAAGUCAUGUAAAUGGAAUAAACAGAGGAUUUAAAAAAUAUAUUAUUUUACCCCAAUUGGUAGUUACAGUCUUGUCCCAUCGCUGCAACUCCUGCACGGACUCCGGAGGGGUCAAAGGUCAAGAGCCAUGCAUCCUCCGAAACACAACCCUGCAAGCCACACUGCUUCUUGACACACUGCUCGCUUAACCCGGAAGCCAGCCGCACCAAUGUGUCGGAGGAAACACUGUACAGCUGGCGACCGAAGUCAGCGUGCAUGCGCCCGGGCCCGCGACAAGGAGUCAUUGGAGCGUGAUGGGACAAGGACAUCCUGGCUGGCCAAACCCUCCCCUAACCCGGACGACGCUGGGCCAAUUGUGCACCGCCUCAUGGGUCUCCCGGUCGCGGCCCAUGCCUUAGACCACUGCGCCAUUCAGGAGGCCCAUAAAUAGAGGAUAUAAAUGAACAUUUAAGUCAUGCUUCCAAAUCUCAAGUUAGAAUUCAUCCCUGUCUUUAUAACUGCACCCUCAAAGUCAAGAUGAGAGCUUAGCGAUAUCUAGAAACACCUUCAUGUCUUCUCCCUAAACCCCCCUCUUUGGGUCUAAUUGUUCAUUCCAGGACAAGGACUUUGGCAAGCAGACCCUGCACAAGGGCCACGCCAACCCACUGGCGGAGGUGACCACCAGCCUGAAGACGUACCAGCACUUCACUCUGGAGAAGGCCUACCUGGGAGAGGACUUCUUCUGGGCCUUCACCCCAGUGGCUGGGGACUUCAUCCGCAUCCGUUUCUUCACGCCGGUCCGCAUCGAGAGGUGUGUGUGUGUGCUCACAUGCUUGGAUACACACACUUACAUGGACCCACACACACAUAAACACACACACAUGCAUGUGCACACAUACAUGCGCACGCACACAUGCACAAACACACACGCUGUGCUAGUGGACAAAGACGAUCUCCACACAGAUCUCCACACAUGUCCCAGACUGUCGCUCUCCCUCUCUCCCCCCCCCCCCCCCUCUCUCUCUCUCUCUCCCUCUCGCUCCCCCUCUCCCUCCACUAGUCCCAUGUGAAUACUCUGCAUAUGCAUUACAUAAAUAUACAUAUUUAACACUAAUGUAGAUGACAUGCAUAUUCAACAGGCAUGGGAGCCCAGUCACAGAUCAGAUGUGUUCACGUUUUUCCUCCAGGACUUCACAUUACUGUCAAGGCAGAUGGUCUAUCUGCUGCUGGAUCCCUACAUAUAAAGGCUCUGUGGUCACCACUGUCUUCUAAUGGUGACGCUGUGGCUCUGUGGUCACCACUGUCUUCUAAUGGUGACGCUGUGGCUCUGUGGUCACCACUGUCUUCUAAUGGUGACGCUGUGGCACUGUGGUCACCACUGUCUUCUAACGGAGACGCUGUGGCCCUGUGGUCACCACUGUCUUCUAAUGGUGACGCUGUGGCUCUGUGGUCACCACUGUCUUCUAAUGGUGACGCUGUGGCUCUGUGGUCACCACUGUCUUCUAAUGGUGACGCUGUGGCUCUGUGGUCACCACUGUCUUCUAACGGAGACGCUGUGGCCCUGUGGUCACCACUGUCUUCUAAUGGUCAAGCUGUGGCUCUGUGGUCACCAGUGUCGCCUCAGUUGUCCAGGCUGCUGUUGGGUACUUGGUGGGACAUGCAUUUGUACAAAGCAAAAUGUAGAUGGCGUUUGAACUGGGUGAUUGGUUGGCUGGCUGGCUGGCUGGCUGGCUGGCUGGCUGACUGAUAAUGAUGAUGAUGAUCAAAGGAGCCUGAGCAAUGGAGCAAACGGAGCAGCUGUAUCCCCACUUUCAAAAUAGGGGUGCAAUCGUUUGUUUUUGCUCCCUCAAUUUUUUACCAGAAAAUGAUCAUGAUCCAUUGGGUAAUUUAUCAUUUUCAAUGAUUAGUAAUGUUUUGAGCUAGAAUGUAUUAAAAUAGAUAUGCCCAUUUUAUAUAUAAUAUAAUAAUUAACAGAUUGCAUAUCCCCUGUCCCCCGUCGCCUCAAGAUGAAUGGUUUUGACCACUGGAAGGUUUUGCUUCGCUCCCGCAUGCCACUGUUUUGGUUCAGUGCAGUUAGAAAGCACUAGUUGCACCACUGGUGUAUAAAAUGAAAAGGCACCUGCAAAAUUGUUAAUCUAUUUUGUUGUGCUGUUAUUACAUUUAUAUUGUUGUUUCCCAUUCGAUGGUGUUGGUUCAAUGGUGUUGUUCCAUGUCAUUUGAGCUGCGUGCACCACGAGCAAAUUCAUUGUAUCAUUUCACUUUGCCUGUUAGAACCAUGAUGAGCACGGGCACAUCUGAUUAGGCUUCUCUGUAUCACACUCUGAGUAGCCUUCCAUCAGUCUACCAAAGGUUGCACCUUAGCAGAACACUGCAUGUCCGGUAGCUCGCGGGCUGUCAAUGAGUAGCUCGCAAUUGAAAAAUAAUCAGUAGGCCUAAUGAUUCAAUCUGUGAAAUAACCCCCCCCAUUCGGCAUUUUGUCAUAUUUCUUUUCCCAACAUCAAUCGGUUAAAUCACAUAGUUAAAAUGUUUUCAUUCAGUUACAAAACUAACAGUCCUAGGUGAGACACAUACAGUGGGGAAAAAAAGUAUUUAGUCAGCCACCAAUUGUGCAAGUUCUCCCACUUAAAAAGAUGAGAGAGGCCUGUAAUUUUCAUCAUAGGUACACGUCAACUAUGACAGACAAAUUGAGGAAAAAAAAUCCAGAAAAUCCCAUUGUAGGAUUUUUAAUGAAUUUAUUUGCAAAUUAUGGUGGAAAAUAAGUAUUUGGUCACCUACAAACAAGCAAGAUUUCUGGCUCUCACAGACCUGUAACUUCUUCUUUCAGAGGCUCCUCUGUCCUCCACCCAUUACCUGUAUUAAUGGCACCUGUUUGAACUUGUUAUCAGUAUAAAAUACACCUGUCCACAACCUCAAACAGUCACACUCCAAACUUCACAAUGGCCAAGACCAAAGAGCUGUCAAAGGACACCAAAAACAAAAUUGUAGACCUGCACCAGGCUGGGAAGACUGAAUCUGCAAUAGGUAAGCAGCUUGGUUUGAAGAAAUCAACUGUGGGAGCAAUUAUUAGGAAAUGGAAGACAUACAAGACCACUGAUAAUCUCCCUCGAUCUGGGGCUCCACGCAAGAUCUCACCCCGUGGGGUCAAAAUGAUCACAAGAACGGUGAGCAAAAAUCCCAGAACCACACGGGGGGACCUAGUGAAUGACCUGCAGAGAGCUGGGACCAAAGUAACAAAGCCAACCAUCAGUAACACACUAUGCCGCCAGGGACUCAAAUCCUGCAGUGAGAGACGUGUCCCCCUGCUUAAGCCAGUACAUGUCCAGGCCCGUCUGAAGUGCAUUUGGAUGAUCCAGAAGAGGAUUGGGAGAAUGUCAUAUGGUCAGAUGAAACCAAAAUAUAACUUUUUGGUAAAAACUCAACUCGUCAUGUUUGGAGGACAAAGAAUGCUGAGUUGCAUCCAAAGAACACCAUACCUACUGUGAAGCAUGGGGUUGGAAACAUCAUGCUUUGGGGCUGUUUUUCUGCAAAGGGACCAGGACGACUGAUCCGUGUAAAGGAAAGAAUGAAUGGGGCCAUGUAUCGUGAGAUUUUGAGUGAAACCCUCCUUCCAUCAGCAAGGGCAUUGAAGAUGAAACGUGGCUGGGUCUUUCAGCAUAACAAUGAUCCCAAACACACCGCCCGGCAACGAAGGAGUGGCUUCGUAAGAAGCAUUUCAAGGUCCUGGAGUGGCCUAGCCAGUCUCCAGAUCUCAACCCCAUAGAAAAUCUUUGGAGGGAGUUGAAAGUCUGUGUUGCCCAGCGACAGCCCCAAAACAUCACUGCUCUAGAGGAGAUCUGCAUGGAGGAAUGGGCCAAAAUAGCAGCAACAGUGUGUGAAAACCUUGUGAAGACUUACAGAAAACGUUUGACCUGUGUCAUUGCCAACAAAGGGUAUAUAACAAAGUAUUGAGAAACUUUUGUUAUUGACCAAAUACUUAUUUUCCACCAUCAUAUGCCAAUAAAUUCAUUAAAAAUCCUACAACGUGAUUUUCUGGAUUUUUUUUUCUCAUUUUGUCUGUCAUAGUUGAUGUGUACCUAUGAUGACAAUUACAGGCCUCUCUCAUCUUUUUAAGUGGGAGAACUUGCACAAUUGGUGGCUGACUAAAUACUUUUUUCCCCCACUGUAUGCAAGUGCACCGUGGACGCUUUGCAGUUACAAUGUAGCCAAGCUGUGUCUUUAUGUGUCUUUGCCAAAUGAAAAAGUACAGGAUAAUUUGUAUUUCGAUAAAACAAACAGCUCUGCUUGGCUUGGUAAGUAAUAUCGACCAAAUAAGCCAUUUCUAGUCUUUGCAUCAAAUAUGUAUGCUGCUGAGACAAGUUAAUUUUAAACAUUUUCAUGGCGCCAAAAAAAAGUGGGCACCCAUGAUGAUGAUGAUGAUAGUGGUGGAUCAAUUUGUGUUGAAUAUCAAAUUGACAUCUCCCCAUUUGUUAUCCUCUCUCUCUCUCUCUCUCUCUCUCUCUCUCUCUAUCGAUCUUUCAAGGUAUUUCUUCCGUAGCGGGAACAUUGAGCACCCAGGGGACAAGCUGUUCAACACCACUGUGGAGGUGCAGCCUUUUGACGUGAGUCUCACCGCUAUUCACCCGAUUCAGUCCCAGCACAUUAUUACCAUUACAUAAGCUUUACCAUAUAUUAUCUUGUAAUACGAGGCUCACCACUAUAAGCCUGAUUCAUCCUGUCACAGGAUUGCCAGUAGCCCUUUACAUUACAUAGACCUUUACUAUAGUAAUACCACUGGAAAUAUAUAUAAUUACAGUGAUUUAUACAACGGGUGGGUCUAACCCUGAAUGCUGAUUGGUUAAAAGUGCAUUCCAGAUGGUGUCUAUUCCAGUUUCCACCCUUAAAAUGCCUAUUUACUCUGUUCCAUCUGACUACGCAAUCCACUGUCUCAUCAGCCCAGCCAGGCAAUUUAUAAACGUGAUCUCCACUAUAAAAAGCAUCUAGACAUUAUCUCACAUUUCUUUUAGACUAACAUUUAGUUUUCAACAGCAGAUAUUUGUAUAAACCUUGCUGUCUGUCUCUCUGACAUUUGCAACAUUGUUUCAAUAUUCAAAUUUUAUCUCCAGCUGUCCCAUAGUAAUGAAUGUAUCGGGAGUCGGAACGAGACAGACAGGCAGGCAGCUUUUCUCAGCAUUUCUAAAUCAUGAAUCAGCUGGCAUCAUUUAAUGGAUGAGUGAGGGAAAAAAGUAUUUGAUCCCCUGCUGAUUUUGUACAUUUGCCCACUGUCAAAUAAAUUAUCAGUCUAUAAUUUGAAUGGUAGGUUUAUUUGAACAGUGAGAGACAGAAUAACAACCAAAAAAUCCAGAAAAACGCAUGUCAAAAAUGUUAUAAAUUGAUUUGCAUUUUAAUGAGGGAAAAAAGUAUGUCACCCCUCUGCAAAACAUGACUUAGUACUUGGUGGCAAAACCCUUGUUGGCAAUCACAGAGGUCAGACGUUUCUUGUAGUUGGCCACCAGGUUUGCACACAUCUCAGGAGGGAUUUUGUCCCACUCCUCUUUGCAGAUCUUCUCCAAAUCAUUAAGGUUUCGAGGCUGACGUUUGGCAACUCAAACCUUCAGCUCCCUCCACAGAUUUUCUAUGGGAUUAAGGUCUGGAGACUGGCUAGGCCCCUCCAGGACCUUAAUGUGCUUCUUCUUGAGCCACUCCUUUGUUGCCUUGGCCAUGUGUUUUGGGUCAUUGUCAUGCUGGAAUACCCAUCCACGACCCAUUUUCAAUGCCCUGGCUGAGGGAAAGAGGUUCUCACCCAAGAUUUGACGGUACAUGGCCCCGUCCAUCGUCCCUUUGAUGCGGUGAAGUUGUCCUGUCCCCUUAGCAGAAAAACACCCCCAAAGCAUAAUGUUUCCACCUCCAUGUUUGACGGUGGGGAUGGUGUUCUUGAGGUCAUAGGCAGCAUUCCUCCUCCUCCAAACACGGCGAGUUGAAUUGAUGCCAAAGAGCUCGAUUUUGGUCUCAUCUGACCACAACACUUUCACCCAGUUCUCCUCUGAAUCAUUCAGAUGUUCAUUGGCAAACUUCAGACGGGCCUGUAUAUGUGCUUUCUUGAGCAGGGGGACCUUGCGGGCGCUGCAGGAUUUCAGUCCUUAACGGCGUAGUGUGUUACCAAUUGUUUUCUUGGUGACUAUGGUCCCAGCUGCCUUGAGAUCAUUGACAAGAUCCUCCCGUGUAGUUCUGGGCUGAUUCCUCACCGUUCUCAUGAUCAUUGCAACUCCACGAGGUGAGAUCUUGCAUGGAGCCCCAGGCCGAGGGAGAUUGACAGUUACAGUGAGGGAAAAAAGUAUUUGAUCCCCUGCUGAUUUUGUACGUUUGCCCACAUACAAAGAAAUGAUCAGUCUAUAAUUUUAAUGGUAGGUUUAUUUGAACAGUAAGAGACAGAAUAACAACAACAAAAUCCAGAAAAACGCAUGUCAAAAAUGUUAUAAAUUUAUUUGCAUUUUAAUGAGGGAAAUAAGUAUUUGACCCCCUCUCAAUCAGAAAGAUUUCUGGCUCCCAGGUGUCUUUUAUGCAGGUCACGAGCUGAGAUUAGGAGCACACUCUUAAAGGGAGUGCUCCUAAUCUCAGCUUGUUACCUGUAUAAAAGACACCUGUCCACAGAAGCAAUCAAUCAAUCAGAUUCCAAACUCUCCACCAUGGCCAAGACCAAAGAGCUCUCCAAGGAUGUCAGGGACAAGAUUGUAGACCUACACGAGGCUGGAAUGGGCUACAAGACCAUCGCCAAGCAGCUUGGUGAGAAGGUGACAAAAGUUGGUGCGAUUAUUUGCAAAUGGAAGAAACACAAAAGGACUGUCAAUCUCCCUCGGCCUGGGGCUCCAUGCAAGAUCUCACCUCGUGGAGUUGCAAUGAUCAUGAGAAUGGUGAGGAAUCAGCCCAGAACUACACGGGAGGAUCUUGUCAAUGAGCUCAAGUCAGCUGGGACCAUAGUCACCAAGAAAACAAUUGUUAACACACUACGCCGUGAAGGACUGAAAUGCUGCAGCGCCCGCAAGGUCCCCCUGCUCAAGAAAGCACAUAUACAGGCCCGUCUGAAGUUUGCCAAUGAAUAUCUGAAUGAUUCAGAGGAGAACUCGGUGAAAGUGUUGUGAUCAGAUGAGACCAAAAUUGAGCUCUUUGGCAUCAACUCAACUCGCCGUGUUUGGAGGAGGAGGAAUGAUGCCUAUGAUCCCAAGAACACCAUCCCCACCGUCAAGCAUCGAGAUGGAAACAUUAUGCUUUGGGGAUGUUUUUCUGCUAAGGGGACAGGACAACCUCACCGCAUCAAAGGGACGAUGGACGGCGCCUUGUACCGUCAAAUCUUGGGUGAGAACCUCCUUCCCUCAGCCAGGGCAUUGAAAAUGGGUCGUGGAUGGAUAUUCCAGCAUGACAAUGACCCAAAACACACGGCCAAGGCAACAAAGGAGUGGUUCAAGAAGAAGCACAUUAAGGUCCUGGAGUGGCCUAGCCAGUUUCCAGACCUUAAUCCCAUAGAAAAUCUGUGGAGGGAGCUGAAGGUUCGUGUUGCCAAACGUCAGCCUCGAAACCUGAAUGACUUCGAGAAGAUCUGCAAAGAGGAGUGGGACAAAAUACCUCCUGAGAUGUGUGCAAACCUGGUGGCCAACUACAAGAAACGUCUGACCUCUGUGAUUGCCAACAAGGGUUUUGCCACCAAGUACUAAGUCAUGUUUUGCAGAGGGGUGAAAUACUUAUUUCCCUCAUUAAAAUGCAAAUCAAUUUAUAACAUUUUUGACAUGCGUUUUUCUGGAUUUUUUGGUUGUUAUUCUGUCUCUCACUGUUCAAAUAAACCUACCAUUCAAAUUAUAGACUGACCAUUUCUUUGUCAGUGGGCAAACUUACAAAAUCAGCAGGGGAUCAAAUACUUUUUUCCCUCACUGUAUACAAAGACAUUUCAAUCAACAAAAGGUAAAACGAAACGAAGUGCAGCUAGUUUGCAGUCUUUCCAGCUUCAGUUUGAAGUGAUUGUGUUAGCUGUGUUGUUGGCUAGCUCCUCUGAACAACAGUGUCCUGACGAGAGAGCACAUUUUCUAUGCCAGGCGAAAUCGCGCCUCAUUAGCUCAUUGUUAUGGAUCUAUCCAAAUAAAUGUCACUAGAAAACAGCUUAAACAAAUGCAAAUGCAGCUGUUAUUAUUCUGGCUGCACUGAGUGACAUGACUGUAAGUUAGCCGUAGUUGACUAGCUAGCAAGCAAGGGCUAAGAACGUUGCCAGCCAGUAUGGCAAUGGAACAUUUAGAACGAACGACUGGGUUGCGUCCAUAGAUACAGAACAAAAAUACUGGGUUGCGUCUCUGGCAACUGAACCAAUAGAACGAAUGACCAGCCGGCUUGUGUAGCAACCCUAGAUUUGUGUCGGGACUAUAUCUUGCAGAAGGAUGAAAUAGUAUGAAUAAAUUAAUCAAAAUAAAGUUUAAUGAAAAUAUGUCAACCAUUAUUUUAAUAUGUUGGUAACCCGUUGUAUAAAAGUGAUAAUGCCCUCGAAGCUGGUGUUAGGAAGAUAUAUUGGCACGGUUUGCCGGCCCUCGACUUCGUCCCGGGCCUAACAACACCGUGCCAAUAUAUCCUCCAAACACCAGCGUCGAGGGCAUUAUCACUUAAUUAUACCAUGGCAUUGUUUAAUACUCCUUUCUGAUUGGCUUGAAGGGCACUCUAGAGCGUGCAUUAUUUCCCUAAAACACACAGUAUAUUUGCACGGUAGAAUUCAAUGGCUAUAGUUAAUUUUUUCAUAUUUUGUUUGAGCUGCUUUUGAAAGCAAAAGUCUAAUUGAAAACAGUAUUGGUAUUUGUUGAAUUCAAAUUUCAUAAUAGCAAGCUAGGACUGAUGGUUUGGUAAGUCUGUUUGUUUGGUUACCAAGGCAACUACUGUAGCUAUCUUGUCACGCUCGUCUAAGGAGGAGGACCAAGGCAAACAUCUUCUUUAUUUAAUAACUGAUCACACGAUCAAAACAACAAAACGAAACCGUGACGUCCCUGGUUACAUACACCAACCAACACGGAACAAGAAACCACAAAACCAAAGGGAAAGAUAGACAGUUUAAAUAUGGCUCCCAAUCAGAGACAACCAGCUGACACUCGUUGCCUCUGAUUGGGAGUCACUCAGGCCAACAUAGAAAUACAAACUAGAACAUAAACAAAUGAACACUCACACCCUGGCUCAACAUACUAGAGUCCCCAGAGCCAGGGCGUGACAGUACCCCCCCCUAAAGGCGCGGACUCCGACCGCGCCAGCCAAAUACAACAGGGGAGGGACCGGGUGGGCACUCCACCUCGGCGGCGGAUCCGGCUCCGGACAUGACCCCCACUCCUUCUCUAACCCCCCAAAGUACCCCUGGUCCGGUCUGGCCCUGCUGACCAGAGCUGAACUGAACACAGGUGGAGCGGAUUGCUCUAGCUCCGGCGUGACCUGACCGGUGCCGGACCCGCCACCGGUGGAACAGGCACGGGCCGUGCCGGACUGACGACGCACACCACUGGCUUGGUGUGGGGAGCAGGAGCGGGCCGAGCCGGGCUGACGAAACGCACCACUGACUUGAUGCAGGGAGCAGGAGCGGGCCGGACCGGGCUGACGAAGCGCACCGCUGACUUGAUGCGGGGAGCAGGAACGGGCCGUGCCGGGCUGACGACGCGCACCACUGACUUGGUGCGGGGAGCAGGAAUGGGCCGGACUGGGCUGGCGACGCGCACCAGACUUGGUGCGGAGAGCAGGAACGGGCCGGACAGGGCUGACGAAACGCACCACAGACUUGGUGCGAGUGGCAGGAACAGGCCGGACCGUACUGGGAACACACACCACUGGCCCUACGUGGGGUUCAGGAACAGGCCGGACCGGACUGGCAACACACGCCAGUACCUCUCGCCGUGCCUCUACAUCCUCCAUCCCCUCUUCGACCAGUGGCCCCCUUAACCUGGCGGCCUCCUCUGGCAACCCGCUGGGCCGCUCUAUCGCGGCCUCCUGCUGGUCCGACGUCGUGAGCCCCCCCCUAAAAAAAUUCUGGGAGUCUCUCUUCCCCGUGGGCCAGGCCUCGAUAAUUCUCGCCCAACUCUCGCUCUUCUGCUUCCAAUCUCCGCCAUUCAGCUCCUCAUUCGGCUUGACCCAGUCGAAGCUCUUCCUCCACUGUUGCCAAGUCCACCCACUCUGCUCCUCACUAGGCUGCUUGGUCCAGUUCUGGUGGUUUCUUCUGUCACGCUCGUCUAAGGAGGAGGACCAAGGCGCAGCGUUGAAGGCAAACAUCUUCUUUAUUUAAUAACUGAUCACACGAACAAAACGAAACCGUGACGUCCCUGGUUACAUACACCAACCAACACGGAACAAGAAACCACAAAACCAAAAGGAAAGAUAGACAGUUUAAUUAUGGCUCCCAAUCAGAGACAACCAGCUGACACUCGUUGCCUCUGAUUGGGAGUCACUCAGGCCAACAUAGAAAUACAAACUAGAACAUAAACAAAUGAACACUCACACCCUGGCUCAACAUACUAGAGUCCCCAGAGUCAGGGCCUGACAUAUCUAGUAAACUUGCUAGCUACUUCAGUGGAUGUUGAACACAUUUCUACCUGCAAAUGAACAAAGCUCUAGUGGCAAAUGUGUUAAAUUAUAGACAAAAAGGGAUAGUCAACUCAGGGCUCUAUGCGUUCUCUGGAAAAUAAUGCAACUCCGUGGAAGGUCCGCUAGCGCGUCGUGGAACACACCUUCCAUAUUGUUCAUUAUUUUCCAUAGAAAGCAUAGCCCCUCAUUAUCCCUUACAUACACUGAGCAUACCAAACAUUAGGAACACCUUCCUAAUAUUGAGUUGCCCUCAGAACAGCCUCAAUUCAACUCUACAAGGUGUCGAAAGCGUUCUACAGGGAUGCUGGCCCAUGUUGAAUCCAAUGCUUCCCACAGUUGUGUCACGUUGGCUGGAUGUCCUUUGGGUGGUGAACCAUUCUUGAUACACACAGGAAACUGUUGAGCGUGAAAAACCCAGCAGCGUUGCAGUUCUUGACACAAACCGGUGUGCCUGGCACCUACUACCAUACCCUGUUUGAAGCAUUACAUAUUUUGUGUCAAGAACUGUGUCAGUUGUCCAUGUGUCAGUUGUCUCAAGGCUUAAAAAUCCUUCUUUAACCUGUCUCCUACCCUUCAUCUACACUGAUUGAAGUGGAUUUAACAAGUGACAUCAAUAUCAUAGCUUUUACCUGGAUUCACCUGGUCAGUCUAUGUCAUGUUUUCUACACUCAGUGUAUAUUACUAUGAGGUAUGUUUUGUUAUCAUUACAUAUAUUCAGCCAUAUAUUGUUACAUACAGGGACUCAAGAUCAUAUACUUUCAGAAGAUCUCUAUUAUUUUGUGUUAUUUCUAUUGAGAUACAGCCCAUUUCUUGUAAGGCCACACUGGGUACAUUACUCUUCUUCAAGUGGAAAGACAUAUAAUUCUCUCAAUUGGAAAGACAUAUGAAGUCAGCUUCCAUCAGGUUGACAUAGGAGGACGUAAGCCAUGUUUAAUGCGAGCACCCACAGUGUUAAGCCCCAGAGGACACAGAGAAAGGACAGAAGAAAUAGAGGGAGAGAGAGGCAAAGAGGUGAGAAAUUACUCAAGACAGAGUGAGGUUCUCUCUCAAAAAAAAGGGAGAGUACGAGAGAGAUAUUGAGGAGAAAGAAAGAGAGAAGAAGAGGACUCCUGGGCGGUGGUAAUCAGAUCCGUCUCCCGCCGGCCACGGUUUGAGAGCUUUCGCCUUAAAAAAUAUUUCAUCCAGCAGGGUGGCUAGGCGACAGAUGAAUAGCUGGAUCUUUUACCCCUGUCUCUCCUCCCUCUCAGUCUAUCUCUCUUUUAUUAUUUAUUCUCCCUCCUGCACUCAUUCAAUCUCUCCCUACACCUGACUGUCAUUGAAACCCUGUAAUGCUGCAAGAGGGUGGAGGUGUUGCUGUUUUUUUGUUGUUGUUGUUGUACCUCCUAUGGGAAGAAUAUCCGCUAAUGAUGGGUAGAAGUGUUGCUUGUCUUUAGACUUACAACAAGUUAUGCCUGUCAUAGAAUGGAGAAGAGAGGAUUGAGGAAAGAAAGGUAAGGAAAGAUAGAGAGAGAAGACAGAUGAGGAAAGAUAAGAAGAAGACAAGAAGAUGAUUAACCAGGAGGAAGAAAUCAGCGAGCGAGCGAGCGAGAGAGAGAGAGAGAGAGAGAGAGAGAGAGAGAGAGAGAGAGAGAGAGAGAGAGAGAGAGAGAGAGACUCGCUGUCAGGUGCAGUUAAACGGUGGGAGGAGGGAUAUGUCAUAUCUGUACAGUGUAGCGUACAGAUGUAGGAAGGAUCUUAAUUUGAUCGUUGUUUUGUUACUGAGGAAAUACAGAUGAGCUUUGUGAUUUACAUAAAUUCACAGAAAACCCACACUAACAUACAGUUAUAUUAACAGUAUUGCACUUUUUAUGUAGCCUACUUUUGGCCAGCUAAUAGCCUAACCACCGAUCAAGCAACAUUAUGGACUAAACGUUCAAAUCCUCUUGCUAAGUUCAAAUUAUUUUGCUGUGACAAUAUAGGUCAAAUUAAGAUGCUACAUCUGUAAUCACUUGUGUGAUCUGACCCGCAUUGAUUUCUGUUUAGAGGACCAACAGAAAGGGAAAAUUCUGCCACAGAAGGUCAGCUUGUUUUCCCUCACUCCGUCCUCCCGUACUUUCUCCUUCAUUGCUUUAGAUAAGCGAGUCAAACAGAUAUUUCUCCAACAGUAUGAUUGGCUGUGACACAGCAGCAACACUAAAGAGUCCCGCUCUAUUAACUAUGAUGACUCAUUUUUCUCACUUUUAUGUUGUAAGACAAGAGGUCAAAGUUAGGUGGAUCUGAGUUCACGACUAGUGCCGUGAGGUGAAUGUACUGUGUGUGUGUGUGCGUGUGUGUGUGUGAUCUACUAACUUAAUCUGGAGAUGAAAGGAGGACAGUAUCAAGAAGUUUGCUGUUGUGAAUACAUUGGUUGAAGAUGUAUACAGUAGAUUGAAGCUGUGAUCUGAGUGCAGAUCAAACAGGGUUUCUGCCUGCAUUGAUCUUGGUGUGCAUGUGUAUAUGUGUUCCUGUGUUGUGUUCCUCACAUACCUCUCUCUCCUUCUCCUACAGAAUAUCCAGUCAGAAAAAGAGGCCUUGAAAGAGAGGAGAGAGAAAACACCAAAAUACCACAGAACAGAGGACGGCUUUAUCAGAAUAGGUGAGUAUAUCGCUUUCCGUUGCAAAACAGUUCCCCUCUAAUGAAAAUGACCCAGAAGUCAAUUAGUGCCAUGCUACCAAAGACAUGUUUCAAUAGGUGGUUAUUAGUACUGGGGAUGUAUUUACCAGAAGUGUUAAGAACUAGUACUGCAGGCAGAAUCACCCAAAGCCAAACAAAAGACUCCACUAUCAUAACAAUGAUGUCAUCUUUUUAGAGAAUCCAACACUGUACUCCCUGCCAAAAUAUCCCUCCAAAAUUAUUUCCCUUUUGUUUUCACCCAUCCAUUCAUCAGUCCCCUUCAUCUAACAAAAACCUUGUGCCAGAUUCUAACCGGUACUGGCAAACAGGAACAGUUCACAUGGACUAAGACAGGCCCUGACAAAUUACACACACACAAACACACACACACACACACACACACACAGGCCCCUGACAAAUCCAUCUCACUCAAUUACUGAGGGCUCCAACACAUGAUUAGCUGCUGCACCGUCUAGGACUUUCACAGGACGACGGGAGGAGUGGAUAAGGCUUACCUUCAUAGUUUUUAGCGGACCUUAGGUGCUCUUUCUGAAAUUGCGUGAAGUGCAAGACAAGUGUUGCACCGGUGCGCUUUAAAAUGAUACCAUGGUACUCAUUGAAAAUAAUUGGAUUAAAUGACCUUACAGUGUUUUAUAUCAUGUUGAAAUAGGAAGAUGGGUAAAAUGUAGUUAACAUAAGGUAGAAAGAAGGGUUUGAGCUCAAUUCCAUUACAACUGAAUCAGUGGCAAAGUGUUAGAUACACCAUCGUUCCUUCCUUAAUUACAGAUCUGAGGGGUGGAUUUGUUAAUGCAAUAGGGCAGAAACCUUUCUUUCAUGUACACUAUUAUAUAUCCAUUGACAUACAGAUUAUUGAUGUAUUCAAUGAAGGAAGGAAGGAAGGAAGGAAGGAAGAAAGGAAGGAAGGGAGUAGACAACGAGUGAGGGUGCAUGUUCUGAGUAUUCAAACACAUCCCCAGGCCAGUGAUUGCUGUCUCCGUAACACAGAGACAGGCUUUCAUCCCCUUGAAAGAGGUACUCCUUCUGACAGCAUAUAAAUUACUACAAGCACUCCCGCUCAUUCAUAAAUAUUUCAAGGGGGAAUCAAUAUCAAUCUGGCACAGUAGUUCACGUUUGGACCAAAUCAAUUAAUUGUGCGAUAUUGCUAUCAAAUGUUCACCAGGUUCUUCUCCCUCCAGCUCUACUUUCAGGUGUAGUGUAACCUAAACCAUAUAACUCACUCUAUCACUGUGGAACAAGAUUGAUAAGAGAGAUAAUUCAUUUUGUAUAGGUAACAUUUCUGUAGUAGAGCAACAAAGAAAGCAUAGCAAGCUGAACACAUUUUAUGUUUGUAUUUGAUACCACCUCCUUGGCUUGAACCAAUUGAAACGUCAACACAACAUAUCUUGACUAAUGUGAACUCUGUUAGAAUUUAGGAGCCCAUGCAGUAUUUAUUGAGGUACAAAUGCAAUACAAUGCUGCAUCAUGACUACAGUGUUUAUUGACAAAGUCAAUAGACCCUUUUUCAGUACACGACACACUGACGUCACGCACAGAUGCGCGCGACUCUUGGCUGCAGUAAGCAAGCCAUCGCCAUCUGCGUCCAUUCAACAUAGCCUAGAUUUACGUUUUUAUUACUUCUAAACAAAAUAACUUUUUGGGGUUCUCAUACGCUUACAAUUAUGUUUUGAUUCUUGCUUGAACAGUCGUUAAGAUUGUUUGUUUGUGAUCUUUGCAAAAUAACUAUUUUGGAUGCAGCAGUUGUUAGCUAGAAUGCUAACACUCAUUGAUAUACUGUAAACUGUAGCAAAAGCUAGCCAAAGAGCCAUUUUACUGGUUGAAGUUGAAGUGUUUUUUAAAUAUAAUGCAGUUGAUUUGCGACGAUGACACAAACAUUAUAUUAAGCAGGACAUUCAUACGAGCCUUAAAAUCCAAUUAUAAUCCAAUUACAAUCCAUAAGCAACAUGUAAAUAGAGGCUUUUUGGGCCAGUUGCUGGCAUUCUAUAAGAAAUCCCCCUUGUUCUGCCACCAGUUUGUGCGCAUCGCCUUUGUGCGGCAAUGUUUGUAAACACAGAAAGGGGUCUAUAGAUGUCCAGCCACAGUCCAUUGGUUAUAUUAGUCUGAUAUAUCGAUCCUCUCUCUCGCUGACCUCUAGGAGUGUUCCAUAAUGGGAUCGCCGAGGGGGAGGUGGAUCCCACAUUCGGGCCCCUGGAGGCCCUUCGUCUCUCUGUGAUCACAGACUGCCCCGUCUGGGUCAUCCUGAGCGAGGUAAGGCGGCCCAGCCAUCACCCGUUCACCACAGAACCUUGGGAGCCUUGUCUUAUAAAGAAUCCCUUGUAUUUUAGGCAACUUAAAGUGAUAGUUCACUGAAAAAUCUAAGUUGGUCCGAUGUUUUCAGGCCUCAAAAGUGGUCUAAUGUCAAGUUGAAUAUAUACCUCAAACAGAUGUCUAUGAUUUUGUCUCAAAUGCUAUUUCUCUUGCACUUCAGAUAUUCAUCAAGAAAGCAGAGUGAACGUCAACACCCCGCAGCAAUACCUCAGUCAUCCGUUCGACCGUUCGACAGAGGAACGGAGCCUUUGAAAGCUAAAGCUACUCAUUCCCUGGCUUUUGGCAAUUAGUUUCUCGAGGGUAGUCGGAGUGCGCCAUCUGCUGGCGAGAUCUUGCCAUCGCAGGGUCCUUCUGAGACUGUCAGCGCAGUCCACCGUUGACAGACCGCGUGGGAAGAUUUUCCCAGACGCGUAAUCGGAAAACGCGCCCUGCGUGGACUACACACAGACGACGCUGUAUUUAGGAAACUGUAUUUAUGUGUACAUAAAGGUUUAUGUUUUAAAUAACUGUAAUUACACUGGUAAUUGUAAAAUAGCUCGCAAGAUUGUUUAGCUCCUUUUGAUGACAUUAUGACAAUGAAAUGUUGCUGCUUCGGAAUCAAAGACUAAAUUGCCCAACUUCAAUAACUGAUAAUCAUGUUUGACAAAUGUUACUGGUUUUACCCAAAUAUAUUCAUAAUAGGCAGAAUCUACCGCACACCCAGAGCUGAAUUGUGAAGGUGCUGGAGGCAAAAGGCAAAACUGGAGAAACCGGAAAUAGUCUCUGCACACACAUUUAUUUAAUUGUGGCUGAGCUUUCGGACAGUCGACCAAAUGUAUUCAUAAAAUACGGAUGUAGGUGGAUAUAGGCCUAAUAUGCAUAUGUAUGUAACACAAUCAUAUGAAUGAUCUCUAUUAUGUGUGUUGAUAUGUAUUUACAGUGAGUGUCCACAAAAGUCAGUCAGAAAACGUAGCCUUGGCCUAUACAGUGUAGAAGGAAAUAGAACAUUAGCCAGAAAGUACACACAUGUCUAAUGUUUGAAUAAAAUAUCUUGAUAUGGUCAAUUCUAAAGCCAGAAAGUCAAUGUAGGCACAUUAUGAUUAUGGUUAGAACAUCUGUUUGAGACUUAUUUCAUGAACCAUCUUUCCUAACAUUGUUUUUUCCCCUCUCCGCCUAUCAAUUUGCCUUAAUGUGACAUGAAGUUAACCAGGUUGUGGGGAUAAAUCAAUGUAUGGCAAGGCCAGUCACAAGCUCCUCAAUUGCAUUAGCUAGGAAAAUGGAAAAGACAGCGGCCUCAAUAAUACAGGAAACAUAUCUGAUUUAGCUGUUGGAUUUUCUCUGUCUACCACAUAUCAGAUACACAUGGUUAGUUGUAUCCAAGGAGCCACAUAUCAGAAACACACAUGUGGUAAUUGUCUGGACUAGUCUGAUGUUAGAGAAAUAUGUAGCUCUAACCAAUGCAUGAAGAAUCAUCUUUACUGUCAAUAGAAUCUAUGUGUCUCAUAAUGACCAUGAAGAAAUCAAGGAAGGACCCCUCUCUUCUCUUCAAGUGAGGUCUCAUGCGAGAGUGAAACUGUCCAAUAUGACAACCCCUCUCAUUCCACAUAUUCUGCACUACUACUAUAUUGAAUUGAAGGUGGAAUUUAUUAAAGUAUUGUAAUUAUCCCGACACCAGACUUAUACAUCUUCCAAAUAGGCUCUGUGAAGGCAAGGGCCCAACUCAACUUCUAUGCAUUGCUUAGAUGCAAAGUAUUUUGCAGUUAAAGGGACAUAUUCAUUUUAUUUUGCACACUUGGAUCCAAAAACCAUUCCUUUAUCAGAGCCCAACCACAAAACCAUUGAAAGCCCUUGAUCGAAAUCUGUUGGCACAGAACAAGAGUAUGGGAUUUCAGCCAAUACAAGUGUACUGAAAGAUAAAUUAAACUUGGGGACCUAAAGCAGAAGCAAGGCCGCUUUUCUAUCGAAUACAGAAGGCCUAGAUUCUGAUUCUGCUCAAUGUUAACACAGUUUCUCAGCAACAACAGACCUAAACUGGUUUUCUGUUCAUUGGGGUGUGCACUCCAGUAAACAAUCUGUUUUAGGAGCCCCUUUGAUGCUAGCGGUAUGGCUGCUAUACAGUAGCAGGUGCGUGGGGGCAUUAAGUCAACACAGGGCAAUGGCCAGAAAAAUCUGAACUGUACCUAAUGACUCUGACCUGCCCUCUGCUAAGGAGGAGAAAGAGUUUUCUUUUCUUGUAAGGUGCACUGGAAUGCAUUGCUAUUAUAUGUUGUAUUUUGUAUCAUUUAGAUAAACUAUAUUUAAUGAUGUUAUCUUCUAUCCAAUCUGUGAAUUGUAAUAAAGACCGAAUUUCAGUUGACAUGG